CAGGCUUACUGACUCUUCUCCUCUUCUUGCUGUGAUAUCUGGGAUCUCUCGAACCAUCAAGAGUGGUCGGAGAGGUCGCGGAAAUGAAGGAACCGGUCUCGCACAAGGCGCCAAAGGUUAUAAAGAAGCUCCAGUUCAGUCUUCUCAAUAACCAGGAUACAGUCAAGAUCUCAGAGUUUGAGGUCACGCACCGAGAUCUUUACACAGCGGUCGACCGGCAUCCGGUGAAGAAUGGUGUUCUCGAUCGUCGUUUGGGUACAACAGAAAAGAGUGCAUUCUGCGAGACCUGUGGGCUGUCGUCCGUAGACUGCGUCGGACACUAUGCCUACAUCAAGCUCUGCGUACCCGUCUUCCAUAUCGGCUACUUCAAGCACACAAUCAGUAUACUGCAAUGCAUCUGCAAGACAUGCGCGCGCGUACUCUUGGAGGAACCGGACAGGCGUACAUACCUGAAGCGCUUCCGCCGCCCCAACCUCGAGAACAUCCAGCGCCAAGCACUCUGCAAGGCCGUUAACACGCUGGCGCGCAAGGCAGUAUACUGUCCGUACUGUUCUGCGACAAACGGGACGGUCAAGAAGGCGGGAGCACUGAAGAUCAUCCACGACAAGUUUCGCGCGAAGAAGACCGCAGAGGAGAUGGAGAGGUUCAAGGCGACGUUCUCGUCCGCGGUGGAGGCGCAGAAGGAGCUUGGGGUGUACGUCAAUAAGGCGGUGCAUGAAGACCUCAAUCCGCUGAAGGUGCUCAACUUGUUCAAGCGCAUAUUAGAUGAGGACUGCGAGUUGCUUGGUUUGCGCCCGCAGUACGGCCGUCCGGAAGAGUACAUCUGGCAGUACAUCUCUGUGCCGCCCGUCUGUAUCCGGCCCUCCGUCGCCCAAGAUGGCGCAUCGAAUGAGGAUGAUCUCACCGUCAAGCUGACCGAAAUCGUCUUCAGCAAUGCGCUCAUCAAGCAGGGACUAGCCAAGGGUUCUCCGACAGCACAGUUUAUGGAACAAUGGGAAUUCCUACAGCUCUCUGUCGCCAUGUACAUCAAUUCCGAGCUACCGGGCGUUCCGUCACAAAUGGGCCAAAAACCCAUUCGUGGCUUCUGUCAGCGGCUGAAGGGCAAACAAGGUCGAUUCCGAGGCAACCUGUCCGGAAAGCGUGUGGAUUUCUCAGGGCGUACUGUCAUCUCGCCCGAUCCCAAUUUGCGUAUCGAUGAGGUAGCGGUGCCCGAACGUGUUUCGAAGAUCCUGACCUAUCCCGAGCGUGUCACUGCUCACAACAUUGAGAUGCUGAAGAAGGCCGUCCGGAAUGGAUGUGACGUCCACCCAGGGGCGAACUAUGUCACUGCUGGGAGCAACGGUUUCAAGAAGUAUCUGAAGUUCGGCAACAGAACCGCCAUCGCGGAUGGUCUGAGGAUAGGCGAUAUUGUCGAAAGACAUGUCAUUGACGGUGAUAUCGUGCUGUUCAAUCGGCAGCCCAGUCUGCACAAGCUGUCUAUCAUGUGUCAUCGGGUCAAGGUUCGCCCAUGGCGGUCGUUCCGGUUGAACGAAUGUGUCUGUGGUCCUUACAACGCAGAUUUCGAUGGAGACGAGAUGAACCUUCACGUGCCGCAGACCGAAGAAGCUCGUACCGAAGCCCUUGAACUCAUGAGCGUGAAACAUAACUUGGUCACUCCUCGGAAUGGUGAACCCAUUGACAUUCCGCCUCCGACCAUCUGGAAGCCUGUGCGCUUGUGGACGGGCAAACAGAUUUUCAACGUCCUGAUGCGUCCUAACAAACAGUCGAAUGUCCGCGUAAAUGUCGAGAGCAAGUGCAACAAACAAGACAAACCUAACCCAUCGUGUUAUCCUCGAAUCAAAAAUCCCGCUCUAGAUCUUUCACCGAACGACGGCUGGCUGGUCAUUGUGAACAGCGAGAUUAUGUGCGGCGUCAUGGACAAAGCGACCGUCGGCAGUGGUAAAAAGAAAUCCGUUUUCGGCAUCAUCAUGAGGGACUAUGGUCCACACGAAGCUGCUGCCGCAAUGAACAGACUAGCCAAACUAUGCGCCCGGUGGUUGGCGAACUUCGGGUUCUCCCUCGGUAUCAACGAUGUCAUUCCCGGACCGAAGCUUGCUAACGAGAAAGAAGACCUCGUGGCAAAGGCAUACGCGGAGUGUCAAGACCUGAUUACGCAAGCCAAGAAGGGUCUGCUCGAGAACAAAGCCGGGUGCAAUCAGGAGCAGACCCUCGAAGCCAUGAUCUCUGGUGUCUUGUCCAAGGUUCGAGACAAGGUCGGCGAAAUUUGUCUGAAGGAGUUGAGUCGUCAUAACGCUCCGUUGAUCAUGGCUACCUGUGGUUCCAAAGGCUCCGUGAUCAAUGUCGCCCAAAUGGUUGCUUGCGUAGGUCAGCAAAUCAUCGCGGGUCAUCGUGUCCCGGAUGGGUUCCAAGAUCGUUCGCUACCUCACUUUCCCAAGAAGUCAAGGGAACCCCCGUCCAAGGGCUUCGUCCGGAACAGCUUCUACACAGGACUCUCGCCAACUGAGUUCCUCUUCACGCUAUUUCCGACCGCAGAGACAGGGUACAUGCAACGGCGUUUGAUGAAAGCCCUGGAAGAUCUUGUUACGCAUUACGAUUCAUCGGUGCGGAAUGCGGUCGGCGGUGUGGUUCAGUUCAGGUACGGUGAUGACGGACUUGACCCAGCAUGCCUCGAGGGUGAUGCACAGCCUGUCGAGUUCUGCUCCAUCGGUACUCGUCACACUCGUGGGCUGUUGCCGUUCGAAAUUAUGGAGCGUGUCGACAAGGAACUGUCGAAACGGAAGUUCACAAGCGAAUGUACUGCGGCUUACAUCGCGACGAUUCGUGGGUUCAUCUCAGAACAUAUUGCUCAUAAGCUCGCGGAAAUCCGGAAAGAUCACGGCAUGUUUGAUGCAAUGGAGCGUGACGAUGAGUGGGAUGCAGACACGGACCUCACGCUUGGCGCAUCUGAGGCGGACAAAGCCGUCGUCGAUAACAAGUUGAAGGUGACUGAGGAUCAGCUACGAGCCUUUUUGGAAGUCUGCUGGACGAAGUAUGUCAAAGCCAAAAUUGAGCCAGGCUCAACUGUCGGAGCUGUGGGCGCACAGUCGAUCGGUGAGCCAGGAACACAAAUGACGCUCAAGACAUUUCACUUCGCCGGCGUCGCCUCCAUGAAUGUUACCCUCGGUGUUCCCCGUAUCAAGGAGAUCAUCAACGCUGCGAAGGCAAUCAGUACUCCUAUCAUCAGUUGUAAACUGGUGACUGCUGACAACGAAGCGUCUGCACGUAUCGUCAAAGGGCGACUGGAGAAGACACACCUCGGCGACAUCGCUGCCGUCCUUGAAGAAGCUUGGGCGCCGGAGUAUACAUACAUUGGUAUCAUCGUCGAUACGAAGACCAUACAGGACCUUCAGCUUGAGAUGACCCUCGAUGACAUCAAAUGGGCUAUUGUCAACACUCGGAAGCUGAAGGUUAAACAGGAGUCGAUCACUGUUAUACCGCGCAAGAACCGCCUUCGCGUUUAUGUAGACGGUACAGACAAAUAUUACCGCCUACGUGAAUUGAAGCGGGUGCUCCCAGAUGUCGUCGUGAAGGGCGUACCCACUAUCAGGCGUGCCAUCAUCAACAUCAAAGAGGACGACGACCACCGCGGCAAGAAAGGAGACAAAGAGCUGCUCGUCGAAGGCUAUGGCCUCCAGAAGGUCAUGACCACCCAAGGCAUUGUUGGCGAGCAUACAACGUCCAAUCAUAUCAUCGAGAUCGCUCAGGUCCUGGGUAUUGAGGCUGCGAGACGGACCAUCAUCAAUGAGAUCCAGUACACGAUGUCUAGUCACGGUAUGAGCAUCGAUCCCCGACACGUCAUGCUUUUGGGAGAUGUCAUGUCUUACAAGGGCGAAGUGCUGGGCAUCACACGUUUCGGUGUGGCGAAAAUGAAAGACAGCGUGCUUAUGCUGGCAUCGUUUGAAAAGACGACAGAUCAUUUGUUCGACGCUUCUGCAUACGGGAAGACAGAUAGUAUUGCUGGUGUUUCGGAAAGCAUCAUCAUGGGCAACCCUGCGGCAAUGACCGGUACCUCUAUGCCCGCCCUUGUUGUGCCGGCUCCAGCUAUCAGCAAGCCGAGAAAGCUGCUCUUCGAAGGAGCACUAUGACAUCCCCCACUCGCCAUUGGUCACACAAGGAUUGGUUUGCAUCUAACUUAACUUAUGCCAUCAAGCAGUACUGUUGUACACUAGCCAGAGAAGGAAUGCGUAGAGAGCGUUAUGUGCAGAAGAGAAAGGAAUGUGAUCCAGAUCACAGAUGUCAAAGGAGCGGAACGAUACGGUGCGGUUGUACAACUACCUACCAUGCGCACGGCAUGGCUACGCCGCAU